AUGGUUGCCAGUGACAUUGCCAAAAGAUCCCUCAAAAACCGUGCUGCUGUUUCGACAGAAAUUUUCAUUGCGCGUCUCUAUCAACGUCUCUGGCUUAAAGGACCCGCUAAGGAAGCCAUCAGCAGUUUUCUUCUCCAUCCAUCCACCAUGCCGCAAGUUCUGUUAACCCUGCACACGCUGUACGAAAGACCAGAGCAGAUCGUGCACAACCUAGUCGCCAAAGUUCAAGAGCUCGUGGAUAAACUGCCGGCUAACAUCAAGUUCAACUGGGCGCUGCAUCAAGAGAACCUGCCUGUGGUCAAUUUGAAAGCGUUCAGCGAGUACAUGAGGAAGGUGACAACCGCUACUAGUGGUGUUACGACCUUCUCCAUCGCAUCGAAGCUGGUGAAAGAAGAGAAACCCAGAAUCAAGGAAAAGGCGUUCGUGAACGCUCAUGUAGCCCAAGAACAGAAGGAUCCAGGAGCAACUGACAAUCUAUCUGGGGAUCGGCGAGGCCAGAACAAGAGCGCUAAAGGCAAAGGAGAAGAAACCAAAAUUUGUCCAGCGUGCGGCGCGCACGGCCACACAGCUGCUAGCUGUGUAACUUUCAAGAAGCGUUCGAUCGACGGUCGGUGGAAUCUCGUCAAGGACAACAAACUCUGCCGCCGUUGUCUCGUAUCGCACACUCGUUGGCCAUGUGAAGGCGAGGUUUGCGGUAUCAAUAACUGUGAGAAAUGCCAUCAUCGUCUUCUUCACUCGGAACCCACUAAGAAACAGCCAGUCAUCGAUGCCACUGUAACCAUCCACCGUCAGCCCGUUUCUUCGAAGCUGUUCAAGGUACUGCCGGUGACAUUGUACGGGAAAAACGGGUCGGUGAACACAUUCUCACAUACAGCAGCCAACUAUUAG